GAACUGUUUGGCAGAUCUUCAGCUGCCUCUCACGGUGCUUGCUGCACCGCCUUUCGCCUACCAUUCUGCUCUGCAGCCAUGCCCGCGUAUGCCGCAGCACGCUUCGCCCCUUCCGUGUCUCUCCUAUCCGCGCAUGCCGCCACUGCUCCGCGCUUCCACGGUGCGCGGAGGCUGGCUUCCGAGGCCUAUGCUAAGUGCGCGAAGCAGUGCGUGGAUCCGUGCGCCAAAGCCAGCGCUCCUUUGCUAAUGCGCACGAUCCGCGGUGGGUCCAGCUCCGCGCAAGGCUGCCUCGCCGCGGGAGCAUCUUCUGGAGCGCGCGGAGGGCGCAGUGUGGCGGGGUUUGGGGUUUGGAGGUCGAGCGUAUCGAUGAGGCUGCUGCACACUGCUUGCGUCUUGCGCUCUCCUAGCGCUAGCUGCAUCAGCAGUGUUAGCGUGCUGUGCGUGCCGGCGUGGCGUUGUGCUGUGCGUCCCGUUUCUCCCGUUACUGGAUCUCGUUCUCUCCCUCGCGUUUCAGUCACACGCGGCGUAUCACGUACUUUCUUCUCCCUCGCUUCUCGGCCCUCCAUUCGCCGUUCCCCCGGUUCUCCUUCCCACGCACCUCGCGAUAGAUCCGCCGCAUUUCAUGUUACUACCGCGCUUUCGGUUACCACUUCCGCUGCUUCACUCUCGCUUUUCUGGUCCGCCUGCGCCCCCGCCGCCGCCGCCGCCGCUUCCGGUUCCUCCUGGGGACCCCGCGUAUCCUCUUCGUCCCCGUUUGUUCUUUCCGCUUUUCCGACUUUUGCUGCGCGAUCCGCGCUCCCCGCUUCCGCCAGCUGCGCCAGCGUUUCCGCGGUUGCGGAGCUCUCUUCCCCCGCCGAUGCUGCGCGCGCGGGCUGGCUGCGCGGAUUCGGCAGCUCCGCAGGGGCGUCCGCUGCGCCGAGGCGGAAGGAGAAGCUGCGGAUAGUUGACAGGACGGGCGGAGAGGCAAAUAAGGCGCUGGGAAUCCGAGAAAAGAAGAAAAAGAAGAAAAAGACGGGGAAAGCGGGCGAGAAGCGGAAGACCAAGUACUAUGGCGAGGGGUUUGGGACGACGGGGGUUCCUCUUGCGCGGAGAUGGGAGGAUUACGAUAAGCGCCGGUGGGAGGAUCCCGAGGGGUGGCGCGGUGGAAUCCUAGGCCGCCCGGAAGUCGCGGGGAACCGCGCGCAACCGGCGGAUCGGGCGACUAUGAGGGUUUUUAAGAACUGGGGGCGGCUUGAGGAUGGCUUGACGCAGCUUAAAGCGCUGAAGCGGGGGGGAGGGGAGGCGGACGCGCGGAGGGGGAAGGCGGGGAUUGGGGAGGCGGUUGCGGAGUGGGGAGGAGGAAGGGGGGGAGGGGGGGGAGGGGGAGGAGGAGGGGGAGGAGGGAAGGGAGGGGGACACUUGAAGAAAAAGGCGGGAGAGUUUAGCUGGAAGCCGAAUCCGAACGAUCUGCAAGGGGCUAGGAGUGUGGGGGUAAAGGAAGAGGAGAGGGAGGAGGGGGAGGAGAGAGGUAAUUGGCGGGAAAGGGGGGCGAGGGCGAGUGGCGGAAGGGGGGGAGAGGAGUGGGGGGAGAGAGGGGCUAGAGGGGAGAGGCGCGAGAGGGGAGGCGGGGCUGGUGGUGGGGCGUGGGGCAGCGGCGGCGGCGGCGGGGGGGGGAGGAGUGAGGGGCGGGAGCGGAAUGGGGAAUGGGGUGGGCGGAGGGAGUACGGGGGAGGGCGGGAUUCAGGGGUGGAUAACCAACAGGUGAGGCAAUAUGGGGGAGGAAGGGACUAUGGGGGGGGGAGGAGGGAAGUGGAUAAGCCCGCACGAAGGGAAACAGGGAGGCCGUCUUGGGAUGACGUGGACAGUGGCCGUAGUGACGAGGACGCUGACGUCAUGUCGUUCUGGUCCAACGUCGACGUGGACAGCCCCCCUGGCGCCGCGCGGAGGGGCGCGGGGGAAGGGGCGGGGCAGGGAAGGGUAGGCGGAGACGCGCCGGGGGGAAGGGGCGGAGAGAGGGGAGGGGGAGGGGGGAAGGGAGAGGAGGGGAAGGUAAGGGCUGGUCUCGCGAUUAUGCUGCUAUGGAGUGGGGAGAGAAGGGCGGAAGAGGAGCAGGGGGAAGGGCGGAAGGGGAAGGGGAAGGGGAUGGGGAUGAGGAGCCCAGGCGGGGGGGAGCUGGGCGCGGAAGGGGCAUGCUUCCGCGAACCAGCACACCUGGCGGGGGGGGGAAGCGGAAGAUGGGGGUCUGGGGAAGGCAGGGGAGAUGCGUACGAGGAAGAUAACUGGGGCAAAAAGGCAGUGGGGGGAGCGCCGCGGGCGGUGAUGAGGGGAGGGGCGCAGGGGCGGGCUGAUGGCGGAAUGGGCAGGGGACGUGGGGACUUUGGGGGGAAGAACACGCAGGGUGCAGGAAGGGGGAGGUGGGGGGACGGACAGGGGGGGAGAGGGGGGGAUGGGGGGGAAAUGAGGUCACGAGGCAGUAGGGAAGGGGGGUGGGGAGUGGGUGGGGGAGGGAGGGGGGGCGGUCUAGGCGCACGUGAGAGGGAGGGAGGAGGAAGAGGAGGCGGAGGAAGAGGGGGAGGGCGAGGUGGUGGGGGAGGAGAUAGGGGUGUGGUUGGUGCAGGAGCAAGCAGCAGAAGGUUUCAAGCCCAGGAGCCCAGCAGCAGCAGCAGCAGCAGUGGCCGGUUCGGCGAUGCAGAGGAGAGCAACGACAGGUGGGCAGAGGCCGAGUAUAACGAUUCCGAUGAGGGUGAUGAUUACGACGACAGCUAUCCCGGCUAUCCCGACGCCAGCAGCAGCAGCAGCAGCUGGAGCAGCGGCGGUGCGUCCGUCACCCCGACCUCUCUCCGCGGCGAGCCGAUCUACGGCGUGUCCCCGGUCCUCGCAGCUCUCCUCUCCUCCCGCCGCCGCAUCCACGCGCUCUACACGCAAGACGGGCUGGAGGACGGGCUCAGGGGCGGCGGCAAGCGCAAGGACAAGGGCGCGGUGGAGCGGGCGUUGAGAGCAGCGGAAGAGGCGGGAGUGGAGCGGGUGGUGGUGAGCAAGCACGAGCUGAAUCUGCUGUCGGGGAACCGGCCGCACCAGGGCUUGGUGCUGGACGUGUCGGGGCUGCAGCUCGCGCCAAUCGACGCGCUGCCGGUGUGGUCUGUGGGUGCGGCGCGUGCUGCUGCUGUGAGUGCUUCAGCUGCAGAAGCAGCAGGGGCAGCAGCAGGGGCAGCAGGGGCGGCAGUGGCGCCGCCGGUGUGGGUGGCGCUGGACGAGGUGACAGAUCCUCAGAAUCUGGGUGCGAUUCUGCGGUCGGCGCACUUCCUGGGGGCGGCGGGCGUGGUGGUGUGCGCCAAAAACUCUGCCCCGCUCUCCGCUGUCGUGUCCAAGGCCAGUGCGGGCGCGCUCGAGAUCAUGGAGGUGCACUCGUGCGCCAACAUGAUGCGCUUCCUCGCUCGCUCCGCUGCUAACGGGUGGCUCGUGGUGGGCGCAGCAGCCGACCCCUCCGCCAUCCCCAUCUCGCGCCUCUCCACCGGAGGCUCCCCCACGCUGCUGGUGCUGGGCAGCGAGGGGGCCGGCCUGCGCACCAACGUCAAGCGCGCCUGCGCGCACCUUGUGCGCAUUAGCGGAGCGGCUUCUUGUGGGGAUGUUGGCGGAGGAGUAGUGAAGGGAGGGGGUGUGGAUGCUGAGGCGACGGAGGAGAGCGAGCCAGGAGAGGGAGGGGAGGGGGCACGCAAGGGUGUGGGGGUUGUGCGUGGGCUAGGGAGUGGGAGUGGUGUGGGUGUGCGGCGUGGAGGGCCCAAGGUGGUGGAUAGCUUGAAUGUGAGUGUGGCUGCUGGCAUUCUGCUGCACCAUCUCACCAACUCUUCGGUGGAGCCGCCGCCACCAGAGCUAUAGAUGCGGUGACUUGCGAUGGGCGUAUAUGUGUGCUUCCAUGUGGGUGUGGGUGCUUGUGCUUGCAUGUGGAUUUGCAUGGCUAGUGCUUUCAUCUAGCGUGAAGGUUGAUGACGUGCAGAGAUAUGAUAAUCGACCACUACUAGUUUCCAUCAACGCGACAUCUCGUACUUACAGCUUACAAGUGUAAAAGUGGA